AUGGACAAUGAUGACUGGUGGGCCACGACUUCAAGGCCGGGUACGACGUUGGAGAUGCACAGCACCACCGGCCUCAUCGGCGGGCCCAAUAGCUGGAACAAGGACGGCUGCGCCCGCUCGGGCGCUCCGGGCGCACCCUCGACGGCGUCAUCCGCGGCAUCCGCAACGGUGCUCCAAGGCGGCGUCCUCUGCGACGUCGAGAAGGACCUCGUGAUAUGGCAGAGCCUGGGCGAGCCGCAGAGGGACGAGUCGGCGAUGUACAAGGUGGACGUGACGAACCAGUGCGCCGGCAACGGGCCCUGCGCCAUCUCGAAGAUCUUACUGCGGUGCGGCAACUUCCGGUCCCUGGUCCCCGUCGACGCCGGGCUGCUCCGCGUGGUCCGCCCCGGCGUGUGCCUCCUCAACGGCGGCCACACCGUCCGCCAGAACAGCAACUUCUCCUUCGUCUACGCCAGCUACGUGCGCCAGAACUUCCGCGUCCUCUCGGCAAGCUGCCAGUGA